AUGAAUGCCAUUAGUUGGAAUUGCUGUGGGCUUGGGAACCCGCGGGCUAUUCAAUUCCUUAUUGAUCUCUGUGUACAAAAGAAGCCCAACUUUAUUUUCCUUUGUGAAACUUUAUGCAACAAUGACACUGUGGAUAGACUCAAGGUUCGGUUGGGCUUUGAGAAUAGCUUUUCUGUGCCGGCCCAAGGUAGAAAAGGUGGUAUUGCUUUUUUAUGGAAAGUUGCAACUGAUGCCCAUUUGCUUAAGUUUUCGGCCCACCAUAUUGAUUUAGAGAUUCAUGUUCCUGGCUUUGUUCAUUGGCGUCUUACUAGGUUCUAUGGUGAGCCAAGCCGUUCGAGAAGACAUACAACUUGGAAUCUUCUUCGUGAGCUUGCCGAUUCUUCACCAUUACCAUGGUGUAUCCUUGGAGAUUUCAACAACAUUACCAUGCAUGAUGAUAAAAAGGGCGGUCAUCCUUAUCCUCAAUCUUUGAUCCACGGCUUCAACACUGCUCUCCAUGAUUGCCGAUUGUGUGAACUUCAACUGCGUGGCCAUAAGUACACUUGGGAGCGUGGAAAAGCGACUCAAAAUCACAUCGAAAUAAGGUUAGACAAAGCUUUUGCUACUCAGUCUUGGCUAACUAUUUUUAAUGAGGCUCGUUUUUCAAAUUUUGAUUUCUCUUCCUCCGAUCAUACGCCUAUUUUUCUUGAACCUGCUCCUUGUGUGAUGAGUAAACCAGUGGUCAUUUUUCGGUAUGAAAAUGCUUGGAGCCGUGAGCCUCUAUGUAGUCAAAUUGUUCGAAGUUGUUGGGAGCUCAAUGCUACUCUUUCCCUUGCUGAAAAAACUAAACUUUGUCUUGAUACUCUUCUUGAAUGGGGCCGUGAUCUUACUGGUCAGUUUAAGAAGCGGUUGGCUACUAGUAAGAAGAAGCUUUCGUGUCUUAAGUCCCGUGACAAUCCGGAUUCUCAUGAAGACUUCUUGAUUGAGCAAUGCAACUAUUUUGAGAUUUUGGCUCAGCAAGAACUCUAUUGGAAGCAGAGGUCUAAGCAAUUCUGGUUAAAUGGAGGAGACAAGAACAGUAAAUACUUUCAUGCUACUGCAAGCUCUCGCAAACGGAAUAACCAAAUAGUUCAGCUUCAGGAUAGCAACGGCGUGUGGAAAGGCUGGGAUUCUGGUCUUGAUCAGGUAAUUAUUGACUAUUUCUCUGUUCUCUAUUCUACUGAUCAUGCUAUAUGUGGCUCUGUUGUUAAUGGCAUUCGGCGUUCUGUAACUGUUGAACAAAAUGAUGCCUUACUUACCUGA